AUGUAAUAAUAAUCACCACCUCCAAAAAUAAUUUAAAUAGACUUCAGUACAGAAAUGCUUGGGAAAUAUGCUUCUUACAGAAUUCAAGUCGAUCAAAAUAUAGUUUGUAGAAGAUUCAAUGAUUUUGUUCACUUUUAUGAGGCAUUACGUGCUAAUUACCCUGGAGUAUUUGUGCCUAGACUCCCUGAAAAACAAGCUAUGGUAACAUUGCAAUUAGGAUCAUAGGGUAAUCUGGGAGAAGACUUCCUUAGAGUCAGAAGAAGAAUGCUUCAAUAUUUUCUGAUUUCAAUAUUCAAAAGGAAGAUCUUAUGGAAUUCGCCAGAAACUAAAUAAUUCCUCAAUGAGUAGAACUAAACUUGGAUACCAAUAAAUAAUGAAAGUACAUCAUUAGAAGAAAAAUAUAAAACUAAUCUUCCUGAUUGCUCAAAUUUAGAAAUUACAUUAGAUAUGAAAUGCUAAUUCUAUGAUUUUUAGUCAUUCGUAGUUAAGGUCAAGCCCAUGAUAGAAAACUUUAAAAAGAUGUGUAACAAUUAUGUGACUGCAAAGACCAAUUUCAAUACAGAAAAACUGAUUUUUGUGAAUUAUGUACUUCCAGAGUUUGAAAAGAAUUUAUUGUUUAAAAGUGAUAAAAAGUUUUUCGAAAAAAUAAAGCCUUUAGAUUUGAUGAAGAAUUAAAGAUAUGAUUAAGUUCGUAAGUUUUAGAGUGAUCAAAUUUUGAUUGAUUUGUCUAUUUUGGAGAGUGACAUUGAAUCUCAUUUGAUUUAAUUUGAAUAGAUACGAAAGUGGGAAGAUAGGAUACUAAAAUAUGAGGACAAAAUAAGGUAAUGUCAAUUAGAUUUAUAAUAAACGAUAAACAAUUAGAGAAAUACUGUAGCUAAGCUAUUAUUUGGAUCAAAGGACAAAGAAAUAUUGAGAUUAUAGAAUUAGAUUGAAUAAUAUUCUAAAACAAUAUAGGAAUUGAAGGUAUUAAUAAAUAUAACAAUGGGGUAAGUUUGUCUAUUUGAAAUUCCUGAUUUUGUAAAGGAAAAGGAACAAAAUCUUUUUAAAUUAAUAAAACUCAUAGGAUAAUUGGAAAUGGAACAAGUUGAACAUUCUGGAUUCUCGUUUAAUAUCUCAAAUUGA